AUGCGACACAGUAUACUGAUGAAGUUAAUAGCACUACUUGUAAGUAGUUAUGCGGUUGCUACACAAGCAGCAACAGAAACGACAGAAGAAAUGGCCUUUGUGAGUCUGAAUGUAAACGAUGGUGGUCGUAAACUUGUUGAAGGACCGGUAAAUACGAUGCUUUUGGCACAGGCUUACAAUCCGGGUGGGGUGAUCCCAGCAGCGGAGGAAGAGCGUGGAAUGAUGAGUGUUUGGCCGACGUCAAGAGGGGUAGUGUUGCUCACUAGGCCCAGAAUUGUGAGUCACACAGCCCCAUUCAACGGUGGUAUGAAAACCUACAAGCGCAGCAAUGUAGCGUUCAUGUCGGGCGCUAUAAUGACUAGAACGACCGCCGUGUUUGUCAUCCAGGCCGGUGGUACACUUAGCAAUGUGAUUAUUGCAGGUGGUGGUGGCGUUUUCUGUGAGACGAAUAAUUGUGCACUCGAGAACGUGUGGUUCAAAGACUCAAUUCAGGGAGCUCUCCACAUUAAUUCGGGUACAGGUAUCACAACUGUUACGGGUGGAGGUGCAAGGAAUGUAGCACGUCGUGUCAUCUUUGGUCAGGCUUCAGGUACUGUUGUUAUCAGUGGUGGUUUUUACAUGGAAAACUCGGGUAGACUGUUUGAGUCGUGCGGUACAUGUGGCCCUGUCAAGCGUGGUGUUAUCGUGGAUGGAGUGGUUAGCGUGAACCCGACUGCUGAGCUUAUUCGUAUGAACAGCAACUACAACGACCGAGGAACUGUUUCCAAGGCUACCAUUGUCACUUCAAGCACCAACUACCCUGUGUGUUCACGCUUUGUUGGAGGUGCUGUUCCCAGACGAAUUGGCUUUGGGGCCUUUGCAUCCACGUGUUAUUACAAAAAAGCCGAUGUGACGAUUCGAUCGCCAUAA